AUGGCAACAACAGCGACAAGCACUUUGGGGGUUAACACCGUGGAGGGGAGCAGCAGCAGCAGCAGCACGUUCAACUUCCCGCGCGAGUACAACUUCCCGCCCUUCUUCACGCGGCAGACCAACCUGGCGACCCUGCACUCCCAGCGCGAGACCUGGUCCUCGUUUGUCCUCGACUACUGCCGGCACCACCGCAUAUUCCGGCUCUCGCUGAGCAACGCCAUCGGCGGCAGCGGGAGCGAGCUCUUCCACAACAAGAGGCUCGAUCGGCGCCUGUCUCUCGCCGACGCCCGGGACGUCCUCGAGCAUAUGCGCAAGGAGGGCCGUGCGGAACCCGCAUCCUCCUCCUCCUCCUCGUCAUCUUCGACUAACGCGUCUGCCACCGGCGGUGGUGACGCCGGCGACGUGUGGUGGAUAUACUGGCGCACGCCAGAGGAGUGGGCGGCCAUGAUUGAGAGCUACGUCGACGAGACGGCGCAGCGCGGGACAGUGCUCACGCUGUACGAGCUCGUCGAGGGCGAAGGCACCCGGGGCAGGGAUUUUUACGGCCUGCACCCGGAACUGCUUCAGAAGGCGCUGCAGACGCUCGUCAAGCGCGGCAAGGCCCAGAUCUUCGGCCACGAGGACUCCCAAGGUGUAAAGUUCUUCUGA